UUUUAAUGAAUUUCUUUUGUACAUUAGUAAUUCAAAUUUAUAUCUGUAAUUUUGAUGUGGCUCAAAUUAUUUUAACAGAUAUUCCAUUUGAUAAUUAAGAACACAGGAGGAAGAAAAGAGCUGUAAACUCAUGACCAAAAAAGUCUCCUAUUUAAUAUCCUACAUCAGAUUACAGCUGCGAACCCUCUGGCCGUUCUAUUAAAGUCUUUUGGUUCCUCAUCUUUAUGUUUACGACCAAUGAGCCCCAUCUCAAAUACUGUAGAGAUCUUUGUCAGUGGUCGUGAGGCUGCUUCUUUCAGCUUUCUAGCGUUAAACCUUGGGCUAUAGAGGAGAACUGGUAAGCGAUGAGCAAAUGCUGGGAUUUCUUUUGAUAUCUCUUGUACUUCCUCUGUUUUCCUCUCUUCCUCACUUUUGCUGGCAUCAAUUUGUUGCAUUAUGCUCUCUUUGGAAGAGAACAUUUGGAAAAGGACAGCAUCCCACAUCUUAGUAGCUCUUGGGGAGUCUUUGCCCUUUGCUUCUGUGCUCUCAGUUGUCUUGGUUAACUCUGCAGCUUCCUUUGAAUCCGUCUUCUGUUCACCCUCACUAGGACCAUCUUUCUUUGACUCGGGCUCUGGAAACUUGGGCUCCUCUACCUCUUCUACCAUGUGUUUCUUGAGGCGAGACCAACCACUGACCUUAGACUUCAUGCCCUUUGGUUUUUGGACCACUUUCAGGAGAGGUCCAGCUGCUGGGAAGGAGCUUUCUCCCUCCUCCUUUUUUUCCACUGUAGACUCCUUCCUCUGUAGAUCACUGGCUUUUGCCUCAGGUGUAUCAACUUUAACAACUUUCUCCUUGUCGUCCUGGUCCUCCUUUGGUUUUUCUGUCGGCUUUAUUCCACUUUUGUCAGCAUCUGAUAUUUUAGAUGUUUUAUCCUGAGGUGGAGUCACUACUUUGGCUUGUUCUCUAAUUUUAGAAAUUUCAAACAAAGACAUUUUAGGCUUCAAUGACUCCU